AUGGGUUUCGCCAUCAACAAGGUCCUAACGGGGUACAUAAUCGCGGACCUCCUUUUCCUUCUGGGCGGCAUCAUCCUCCUUCUGGGCUCAAGGCUAGGCGAAGCAAGCCUCCAUCAUGAAAGAAACGUCGAGAACGUCAUGAGGUCCCUGCUCAUACCUCGUUGUCCCAUAAUCCCCUCCCUUGCCAAUGCAAUCUGCGUCUUCGCAGCCUUCCUCUGCUCGAUACCGGUCAUUGUGUUCCCGCAGAACGGAAUAUGGCUACGUCUUCAUGGCUGGCUACUCGUCUUCAGCGGGAUUUUCACCCUCAGCCUAGGUCUGAGUGUUUGGUAUGAAGCUCUGCGUACCCGCUCGACGCUCCAGCCAAUGUGGUCCAGGGAGACUGGUGACAUACAAGGCCUGUUGCAGAAGAAGAAACCGGGCUGUAUAGGGCCGAUGUCUGAUUACGCCUUUUCGUUCUUUGGCAAUAUAUCUACUGCUACCUUUGGCAUUGUUGCAAUUGAUGCCAUUCUCCUCCUGUGUGUUGCAAUGCUGUUCAAGGAUCGCAAGGAUAGAACAAGAUAUAGACUCAUUGACGAGAAAUAUGAACUUGGCAUGAGGCAAACAUGA